CUCGUGUCCGCAACCAAUGUCCCAAUGGUGCUAGAUAAGCCAGAUGAUUGGUUGGCAUGGAGCGCAUAUAUCAAGGGCCUCGCUGGGCGGAAAGGCGUCUGGAACUACAUUGAUCCAGACGAUGAGACAAUAACAAUAGAGGAACUCGUCGAGCCAACGAUACCUAUCCCAGCAAAGGCGUUCAACGAAAAGGAUGCAAAUGAUCGAUGGGCUUGGCAGCAAGAGUCUAAGCUAUACGAUUGGUCGUACAGGAUAUACGAACGAGACCCAAACGCCAUGAUGGCGACCUGGACGGCCAUCCAGACCAGUGUCAGCCGGAACCAGCGCUAUAUCUUGAACCUGGAUAUCUCGGAGAGGCAGAGGAUGAUCAAACUACGAGAUAAGCUCAAGCCGGAUGACCUA